GCACCCCACCCACGGGAACCCACUUUCCCACCCCCAUGCAAACUCUCUUCUCCUUCUCCUCCGCCUCGGCCUCCGUCGUUGCCUUCCUCUCCUCUUAAAUCCCUAACCUUACGUAUCAAUCCGAUUCCUAUAUACAUAUAUUUAUAUUUAUCGAGAGAGAGUGAGGGUUCUCCUAUGGCGGUCGCUGAGACGACGGCUACGGCUACGGCGACGGUGGCGUCGGCAUCGGCGCAGCCGAGCCCGAUGGCGCUCUACGUCGGGGACCUCGCGGACGACGUAGCGGAGGGACAACUCGUCGGCCUGUUUUCGGCCGUCGGAGAACUCGCCUCCGUCAGGAUCUGCAAGGACUCCGUCACCGGCCGCUCCCUCGGCUACGGCUACGUCAACUACAUCUCGCCCCACGAUGCAAUGGUUGCUUUGGAGAAGUUGAACCAUACUCCGCUGAACGGGAAACCAAUCCGUGUAAUGUGGUCGGUUCGACAUCGAGAGGCAAGAAACACUGUGAUUGGCAAUCUGUUUGUGAAGAACCUUAGCAACUCUGUUGACAAUGGGAAGCUCUAUGAGAUGUUUUCAAAAUUCGGAACCAUUUUAUCUUGUAAAGUUGCUACAGAUGAGGGUGGGAAGAGCAAGGGGUUUGGGUUCGUUCAAUUCGAUUCCCAAGAAUCAGCAAAUUCUGCAAUUGAAAAUCUCCAUGACUCCUUUUUCGAUGGAAAAACAAUAUAUGUUGCCAAUUUCAUCAGAAAGAGUGAACGUGUAUCAAUCAGCCCUGAAGCUAACUUUACUAAUUUAUACAUGAAGAACCUGGAUCAGGACAUAACAGAGGAACUCAUAAAGCUGAAGUUUUCUGAGUUUGGUAAAAUAUUAAGUGUUUACAUUGCAAAGGAUGAUUAUGGAAACUCAAAGGGGUUUGGCUUUGUAAACUUUGAAAGCUCUGAUUGUGCGAAAAGGGCAAUGGAAGCAAUGAAUGGGGUUCAACUUGGAACCAAUACCUUGUAUGUGGCAAGGGCCCAGAAGAAGGCAGAAAGAAUGCAAGUUUUGCGGCGUUUAUACGAAGAAAAGCGGAAUGAGCAAAUUAGAAAAUACAUGGCCUCGAAUGUCUAUGUUAAAAACAUUGAUGAUGCUGUUGACAAUAAUGCGUUGCGGGAGCGUUUUAGUGAGUUUGGUAAUAUCACUUCUGCAAAGGUUAUGCUUGACGAGAAAGGAAGAAGCAAAGGGUUUGGCUUUGUAUGCUAUAGCACUCCUGAGGAAGCUACCAAAGCUGUUAAUAGUCUGCGUGGAAGCAUGUUCUAUGGAAAGCCUUUGUAUGUUGCAAUUGCUCAAAGGAAGGAGGAAAGACAAGCUCAAUUGCAGAUGAUGUAUGCUCAGCGCAUGGCAGGAUCUCCAGCUGCUGUCUUGCCUACUGGUUAUGGCCCUCUUUACUAUGCUUCUUCUGGGGUUGUCUCACAAGUUCCUCCAAGGCAGGGUGUUAUGUAUCAACCCUUUGGGAUCAGACCUGGAUGGAGGCCAAAUGGAUUUGUUGCUCCAUCAAGACCAAUUUUCCAAUCAAUGCCACUUCCUGCAAUGUCAAAUACUUCAAGGCAACAUAGACAAAACAGGGGUCGUAUGAACGGAAAUGUGCUGCCUCAAUCUGGACAGACCAAUAUAUACAUGCCUCAUCUUCAGCAAGCAAACCAUUCUGUGAAUACCGCAAAAGAUUUGAUAGGUCAGCAGCGAUCUGGGCAGGCCAAGUAUGUACCAAAUGGACACCAGCAUGAAAUUAAUAAUGCAUCGUUAACUUCAUCUGGUUCUAACUCACAAGGGACGGAGAUGCUCAGCAGCAUGCUUGCCGCUGCAACUCCGCAGCAACAAAAGCAGAUUCUCGGAGAACGUCUCUUCCCCUUGGUGGAGAAACUUAAGUUUGAUCUUGCUGCUAAAAUUACUGGGAUGCUACUGGAGAUGGACAAUUCUGAACUAUUGCUGCUGUUGGAGUCACCAGAAUCAUUGGCUGCCAAAGUUGAAGAAGCAGUUCAAGUCCUUAAACUCUCCAAUGCAACAGUAGGUGGUCAAGAGAACAUCCACUCCAACUACUUGACGAGCAAUGUCACUGUCAAUUGAAGGGGGUGCCAGUUCUGACAUACUAUUCUUUUACUUAGACUAUCAUUCUCGGCAUGCAAGAGCAAGUUUCCAUUUUGCUAGCUCCAUUGUUGGUUUCCUAGGACAUCCGAUGUAGUUUAGUUUAUCUAGGUUGUCUCUAUCACAACUUAUCUAUAGCACUGAGGUUUUCUUUUUUAUCGUUUUUGCUCUUCCAUAUGACUGGCAAUAGAACCUGUAGAUGUGGCCAUGU